CCUCCUUUCAAGUUCUCCCUUCUUAACCGCCCUUCGUCUCUCUUCUAACACCCUCAUCUCUCAUAACUUGACUUCAUUCUUGCAAAGUUCGAUCGCUCAAGCUUUGAUGUUGAGCUGAGGUAUCGACCUUGCACGACCAACUACAUCUGCCUCGUCUUUCAAAAACCCUCUCUACCCCGCUUCUCUCCUAUCUGUCUGCCUUGACCGUAUCUUUUCACAAACCCGCAGCUCUCCGCUACCGGGCUACUUCAGGACCGGACCUGUCUUCUUUGAACCGGACAUCCAGGACAGUUGGCCCUUUGUUCUGGACUCUUGGACCUCUGGAACUCUCCUUGAACACCGGAUCCGGACACUGGACCAUCGGAGCUUCUAUAGCAAUUGUGUGUUUUAGUUAGUACAAUACGAUUUUGAGGCCUAAAUCACGAAUUUUUGCUUCUUCCUCUUCCUGGUUGUCGUUACUGCAAGGAUCUCUAACAGCUGGUGUGGUCAAUCUAAAGUCUUGAGUCAUGGCCUCAGCGUUUCACCGAUGCCAGUAUUGUGGCUGCGAGACGGAUCUCUCUGGCAAUAUGGCAGUGUUUGAGGAAAAUCCACACUGCAGACAGUGCGGACUAUCGGCUUCGGAGAGCGACAUCAAAAUGCAGGACGACUUGAUCAACAUGAUGACGAGAAACCUUCAGCUCGAUCCUAUUCAACACCACAAUGGUAUGUCGAUGCCGCCGACCCCUCAAGUCGCCCCACAGUCACCACCGAUCACAUACAUAACCCAGCAUUAUCACCACUCUGCACAUCAGGUACAGUCUCACGAUCUCCCUGCUUCCUCAGUACUUGAAGAGGCCGGAAUCAAUGCUUCGGCUUUGUUUCCAUCACAGUUGUUACUGUUCAAGAAUGCAGAUCUCGAGCAGAGAUCGAGAUUGAUAGAACUCUGGCGAAUAGCGCCUCCGACCUACGGACAUCAACUGCACCCCGAUGACCUGGGGAAUUGGCCACAGACGAGCAUGGAAAGAGAAGAAGAGGCUGCAAGAUAUCGUCUUCAAAUGGCAGGACAAGAGAGGUUGAAGAACUUAUGUGCUUUGCCAGGCUACCAGAAUCGAACUGCUGAGCCUUAUAUGGCUUCUGGUUACGGCAACAACGCUUUGGAUGGAAUCGCAGAUGCCAAUGGGACAGAGUACAAACAGUCGAAUGAUCCAGCCUACAACAGCCGGGAAUGGUGGCAUUUGUCGGAAGGAGAACCUAUGGAGCAUCAGUACGGCAUGCUUCAGCAGAUGUGGGGGUAUGGAUUCAAUUACCCUUCAACAAAGAAGAAUGAUGGUGACGCAGAGAUGUCUUAGGACGGAUCACGAGCGGUGAUGUUGGAGCAUUGUGUAUCGAUCUUGUUUCGAUCUGUCCGGCUGCAUAGAUUGGUCAUGUAGAUAGGGGCUUGACUUUCCUUUGUUUAUUGGGUUUAAUCACAAAGUACAUAUGUCACUC